CCGCGGUUGAUGGCGGAUAAGAGCGAGUUUGCGCGGGCCAUGGCCCGGAUCAUGUUGGGCAGGCGGCUAUUUGUUAAGAAGAGGGGGUAUAUCGGGGCCGGGCCGCUGUCGGCUCGGGUGGGGGAUGCGGUGUGUGUUCUUGCCGGCGGACAUGUUCCGUUGGUGUUGCGAGAGGAGCAUGGCGGUAAUGCAGAUGGCUGUGUGACUUUGAUCGGAAAUUGCUAUGUCCAUGGAGUGAUGCUGGGAGAGGCUGUUGAA